AUGUCCAACAAUAAACAAGAAGAUUUUGAUGACCUUGACGAUAUUCUCGAAAAUGCUUUAAAUGAAUUUGAUGAAGCACCAAAAACACCAUCAUCUGAAAAGAAAACAUCAGCAUCAUCACCUGUAGCAUCAUCUUCUGCUGAUGCUUCUUCAUCAUCAAACUUGGAACCAAAUGAUAUUGAUUUGGAUGAUAUUUUACAGAAAACAUUUACUCCACAAGAAAAGGAAGUUGUAAAUCAUUUAACAGAACAAGUGACUAAAUUUUUCAAUGAAUUGGAACAAACUGAAGGAGGUGAAAAGUCUAGUAAUUUCCAAAAUGCAUUACAUAAUACAUUAAAUUUAUUAAAUCAAAAUGUAGAAUCAAUGAAUGAUACAACAAAUACUUCUAAUACUGGUAGUAGUAGUGGUGGUGAUAAUUCAGGAGAAGAAGAACCAGUUGAUGAAGGAGCCUUUUCAAAUCUUUUACAAAGUAUGAUGGAAGUACUAAUGUCACCUGAUAUUCUUAGACAACCAAUGGAAGAAUUAAGAGAAAAAUAUCCAAUAUGGUUGGAUCAAAAUAGAGGAAAAGUUGCUGAUGAAGAAUAUCAACGUAUUCAAAAACAAUAUGAUUUAUGUUGUAAAAUUUGUAAUGUUUAUGAAACGAGCAAGUAUCCAGAUGCUAUUGAUGAAUUGAUAGAAUUAAUGAAAGCAAUGCAAGAACAAGGUCAACCACCAGAAGAAAUUGUUAGUCAAUUAUCUAAAGCUGAAGGAGGUUCUGAAGAAGAAUCUCAAGUUCAAAAACUUUUACAAGGACUCAAAUUUACUGAUGCUGCAGGAGGUGCUGGUGGUAAAGGAGGUUGUCCAACUCAAUAA